GAGCCGCCAGAAGUGAUGGCAUUUACAGACUUAAGUGCGCCAUCCACGAAAACCAAAGUCAAAGUUUCAUCAGUCUUGCAUCGCAACGUGAGGGAGUUUGGUGCAGCACAUAUGUUCGAUGGUAGCUCGGAUAGUUGCUGGAAUUCAGAUCAGGGAACACCACAAUGGAUUGUGCUUCGUUUCCUGCGACCAGUCCUUGUAUGCCGGUUGCUGCUCAUGUUUCAAGGCGGUUUCGCCGGCAAAGAAAUGCAAGUGAGAGUCACAUUUCAUACUCCACCCCUCUCUCGCGCCCCUCUUCCCGCCUCCUCUCCCAUUGCGCCUUCCGCUGACGCGGCCGCGACUCCCUGUGAACACGAGCACACCAGUCCACCGCCGUCAAAGCCCCGGACGUCGGUGGUAAACGGGAAGGAUUCCUCCACAACCCUACAGAUGAAAAGUCGCCCCAUGCUGGUGGGGACGUUUUACCCCGAUGACGACAACAAAUCACAGUCCUUUGAACUGACCGCGGCCAUCAGGGCAGCUGCACAAGAACGAGAAGCAUCGGUGCGAGGGGCAGAACGUGACGAAGAUAUCAGGACAUAUCAUCAUGACAGAGGCCCCGAAGAAGGCGAGGAAGGGUUUGACUGUAUGUGUAAGGUGGUGGAAAUGAAGCUGACUUUUAACGGCAGCUCGGACUUUUACGGUCGCGUGACGCUCUAUCGCUUGGCUGUCUGGGGCCUUGAGGAGGACCAAGCGACGUAG